AUGUCGAAAUCAGAAGAAAGAUUGGAUGAAGAUAAUAUGAAAUUGAUCUAUAAUGCAAAUAAAGGCUAUGUGGAAUUGAUUGAUGAUAUUAUUAAUAAUUUGCAUAUAAACAUUCAUAAAGACUAUGUUGAAUUGAUUAAUGAUGUUAGUGAUAAAGAGGCGAAUGAAGUCUAUGCGGAAUUGAUUGAUGAUGAGGAUACACCACUUAUAAUGUUGAUAUCAGAGAAAAAAUCAGAUGAAGACAUGCAAACAUCAAUCCCCGAACUGUUUGAAAGAAUGAGCAUUUUGGAAGAUCAAUCUUCGCAACUAACAGAAGAUAA